AUGUCGGCUCUCAGCGGCGAUUUCCUCUUCACGAGUGAAGUGGUCUCUUCAAAAUCCUGCAUGCUGUGUCGCCGCGUGGAGGCUGACCCGGACAUGUGCGGUGACAAACUGCAGAAGGAUGGGGUCUGUGCCCACGUGUUCUGUAUGCUUUUUGCCACUCUACUGUUUCACCAAGAGAACAUCCGCGUUGGACUCAUGGGCUUUCUCCCUCGAGACAUCCUAAUUGCAGUCCAGAGGGCGGCACAGAAGCUCUGCUGCGUCUGCGGCCAGAGAGGAGCAACCAUCAUGUGCUCUGUGCCGGAGUGUGACAGAUGGUUCCACCUGCCCUGUGCCAAGGAGGGUGGCUGUAUGACUCAAUACAUUACUCCAUUCAGCUCCUUCUGUCCUGAGCACCGUCUAGAGCAGGACGUGGAGGCGACUCCUGAGCCGGGCACCGAUUGCCCCAUCUGCAUGGAGCCUGUGGAGGAUAGGAAGACCUUCACAACCCUGGUGUGCCCAACGUGCACAAGGGCCUGGUUCCACAGGGACUGCAUCCAGGUUGGAGGCCUCCCUCAGCCCCAGGGCACAGCAGGUGCUCAGCAGCCGCAGCCCAGGGCCUCACUCACCCUGCUUGUGUUUGCCCUGCAGGGACUGGCCAUGCGCGCUGGUCUUUUAUGCCUCCACUGCCCCCUGUGCAGGGAGAGUGAGGAAUUCCUUGUGGAAAUGUUCGUCUUGGGGAUCCGAAUCCCAAUCAGGCAGCAAACAUGGGAGGACAACAAUGCCUUUGCAGAUCUAAGAGAGAGUGUCAGUGUAAUGCUGUGGAAUGCCUUUACCCUGGAGGCAGAGGAAGUGGGGACAGGUCGAGAUGAAGGAGCAGCCUACUAA